AUCCGCGCCCCCAUUCCUCCACACUGCAGCUGUCAAAUGUCGACCAUUAAGUAUGAGAGACUAACGAGCAAGAAAUGAUUAUGUUUUUAUUCAUACUCCCCCUGUUCAGCAGUCUGGCCUCCUCAGUGAACGUCUCCCUCAGUUAUUUCCUCAUCGCCACCUCCGGAGCGCCCAACCUGCCCGAGUUUGUGGGCGUGGUCAUGCUGAAUGACAUGCCGGUGGGCUACUACGACAGCAACAUCAAGAGGGCGGAGCCUAAGCAGGACUGGGUCAAGGCGUACCUGGAGGAGGAGCCUCAGCACCUGAAGUGGUACGCCGCGCAGUGCCUGGACCACCAGCAAGACUUCAACGCCGACAUUUACAACCUGAAGCGCCGUUUCAACCAGUCGGGAGGGAUCCACAUUCUGCAGCGGGUGAGCGGUUGCGAGGUAGACUACGACACCGGAGAGGUCAGCGGGUUUAAUCGCUACGGUUACAACGGCGAGGACUUCAUAUGGCUGGACCUGGAGAAGAAGAGUUGGGUGGCGCCGAGGAAGGAGGCUUUCACCAUCAAAGAGAGAUGGGAUGUCGAAAUGCCCACCAUUGAAUACAUGAAGCACUUCUACUUGAACGAGUGUCCUAAGUUACUGGAGAAAUACAUGCGCUACGGGGAGACCUUCCUGCACAGAAGAGUGCCCCCAAAGGUGUCUCUCCUCCAGAAGACGCCCCGGUCGCCAGUCACCUGCCACGCCACUGGGUUCUACCCCAACGAAUUUGUGAUGUUCUGGCGGAGAGCGGGCCACGAGGUCCAAGAGACAGCACUGGUGCAACACUGGGAGACUCUCCACAACCAUGACGGAACCUUCCAGAGGAGCGUGACCCUGAACGUCUCAUCCAUCCCCGACGCAGAGUGGGAGGAGUACGAGUGCGUGUUCAAACUCGAUGGCGCCGAGGACCCGGUGGUCACCAAGCUGGACGAAGCCGUGAUCAUGACCAACUAUCCACGUACGCCACGGAGCUCCCCUGCUGCUGUGGCCGUAGGCGUGCUGGCGCUGAUGCUCCUCCUGGCCGCCGCCAUUGCUCUGAGCGUCAGGAUUUGGAGACGACAGCGUGAUGGUGAGCACCCAAAAUGUUUUAGGCUAACAAGAAGAAAUGAUGAUGUGGAGAAUACUGAUCCAUGUCCUGGUUUCUGCCUCAGGCUUCCAGCUGGCUAACGGGAAUAUCUGAGACUGAUCCAGAAUCAGCACUGCACGCACAACAAGUUUAUCAAGCCAAUUUGUCCAUAGGACUUGUCCAUAGGACGUGUAGCAAGCGUUUUGUUUUUUUUUUACAUAUGACAAGUUUGCCUUGUCUCGUGGUGCAAACAGCCUACAUGAGCUACAUGCUGCCAUCUAGUGGAAGACCGAGCCUUACAAACAUUAUUUGCAGUUGUAAUAAUGUGACGUGAAAGUUCUCAGCAGCUGGGAAUUACUGAUUUAGAUUAUGAAUGAUGCUCCUCGAUAUUCAUGUGGAGUUAUUCAUAAAUUCUUCCAUUAUUAUUGUGCUGGAAUAAAAACCUUGCAAAUGUGUGAUUGUGCCGGAAAACGUGGUCAUAUUUCAUAAAAGGUACAGUACGUUUGUUGCCAGCUCAUGAUAGCAAUUUGGCAAAGUUUAGCUGCUAACAUUAGCAUGCAUAGCCUGAAAGGCGACCAAAGUGUAACCUGCUGCUGUUUUUUGUUUUUUAUUGGCCUGCAGCACAUUCUAAAAAUAUACAGGUAGUAUAACAACUUAAAAAAAACAAAAGCAAAAAUGUGACAUUCAGCAGUAAUUGUACAAGAAUAAAGUCUAGACUACUAAGACAAAAAAGUCAUAAAGUUGCAAGAAUAAUGUAAUAUAAGG